GUGGUUCGGCGGUGUUUAAGAAAUUGGUGUAAUUUCCCAUUUAUUUUAGUUUUCUAAAAUGUCCGACGAUGAAGAGCUGCAAAAAUUGGUUUCCAGCUAUAUCAGCAACGUGCGUGCCAAGUUCGAAUUGGAUGCCAAGUCGACUGAACCAUCGGAGUCUUCCGGCGACGAAGACGCUGCUGAACCGGAAGAUGGCAUCAAGAGGGAGGUCGAGAGUGAUGAUGCGGUCAGCGAUGCCGAAAGUACACCAUCGGAGGAGGAGGAGGAGAAACAUGUGCCAACGAUGGACGGACUGGGCAAGAAUAAGGCAGCGGAUAGUUCUGACGAGGCCGAAGAGAAGGAGAUAAAGAAACUGGACAGCGAUGGACCGGAGGCGGCGGCAGACCUGGCGAAAGCAUUCAACGAGCUGGAAGAGAGCGACAUCCAGAAACCGAAAACGGCCAAAGAGCGUGAGCUGAUGUCGAUCGUUUUCGGUGGCAAAUCGGAAUUCGUGUCCCAGCUCACGGAACAAGCCACCGAACGGAAGGUCAAACGGAAACGCAAGCAGUCGCAACCGAGUGUGGAGGCGCAAUCGAGCGACGAAGAAGACACUAAACCAGUUGAACGAUCGGCCGUUUGGCAGGACUCGGACGACGAAAACGAUGACGACGUGAACGACCCACAGGUGAAGCGGAACAAGUACGUCCGCGAGCAGGGCAAGCUGACGUACGAGCGGCGAAGGAAAAAGUUCGAACAGAUCGUCGGCAAUCCCAAGUGGGCCGAUCUGGACCGUGUACAGGAACCGGAUUCGGAUGAGGAGAUCCUACAAACGGUCGGUCACGUGGUGAAAAGUCAGCGAUCAACGGGUGACCUACCGAAAGAGAUGAUCGAGCUGAAGGUGCUGCGAAGAUUGAAUCGAGAAACAAAGCAGGAAGGUCCGAUCCUCUCGAUCUGCUUCCAUCCGACGUCAAUGGUGGCAAUGAUUGCUGGAAAAGCCGGCAUGGUAUCUAUCGUGGCGGUCGAUGGCGUACGCAACGAGAAGCUGCAUACGAUCGGUUUACCCAAGUUCAACCUCGUCUGCGCCCAGUUGACACCGGACGGUAAUGAGGCGAUCUUUGGCAGCAAGCGGCGGUUCUACCACGUGUACAAUCUAAUCAGUGGUCAGAGCGAUACACUACCUAUUCCGUACCAGGAGAACUGGUCGAUGCGCGACUUUCGCAUCUCGCCAUCCGGCCAGUAUCUGGCCUCGAUCGGUUUGUGCGGCGAGGUGCAUCUUCUCAGUGCGAAAACAAAGGAACUGCUGCGCUCGAUCCAGCUACGGUACACUUGCACGGCACUCGCUUUUACGCCCGAUUCUCGAUACCUUUUCUGUCACACCUGCGAUUCCGAGGUGUACGUUUACUCGCUCGACAAGCAGUGCAUCGUGAACGUGUUCUACGACGAUGGUUGCGUUAACGGUUCAUCGAUUGCACUCUGCCCGAACGGGCAGUACGUGGCCACGGGCAAUGAACAGGGCAUUGCAAACAUCUAUCAGCUUGAUGCAACGCUACAGCAGAAGACUCCGGUACCUCUGAAGACGAUCGGGAACUUGACGACUUCCAUCGGAAGCCUCACAUUCAAUGCGACCUCGGAACUGUUGGCCAUUGCGUCGCCGGUCGUCAAGAACGCGGUGCGGUUGGUUCACGUUCGCAGUGGAACGGUUUUCCGAAAUUUCCCCACACAAAACUCAAGCCUGGGAUGCGUGACGUCCGUUCAGUUCUCGCCCUCCGGAGGCUAUUUGGCGAUCGGUGAUCAGAACAGCUUCGUUUCGUUGUUUAGAGUUAAGCACUAUCAGAACUACUGAUAAAGUAGCCAGGGGGACGAAAAGGAAGAAAUAAAAAGUUAUCGAUGUGUACAACGGA